CACUUAUAUUGAGAAAAUAGGUGAAAUGGAAGGAAAUAUCCCUGCCACAUUCUCACAUAUGAAUCCAUCUAAACCCUCUUUGAGUCCUACUAAUUCACUAUUUCAAGCACAUAUGAGGGUUGUGAACACUCCAACUAAUGGUGCACUUUGGGGUGCUACCACCGAUAUUGAUGAUUUUGGUUCCAAAUUUAAUCAAGCAGAACCAUCAAGAGUCAAUUUGGGUCUUAAUUGUGACCAAGACAUGGAUCCUAAGAAGAUUCGAAAACUCAUGCUGAAACGUCUUGCUUCUAAGAGAUCAAGAUUGAGGAAAAAGAUGUAUGAGGCCAAUUUGGAAAUGAAAGUUAGAGAAAUUGAGGCUCAAAUAGUUGAACUAAAAUCACAACUUCAAGUGCAACCUAAUCACAAGCGCUUAUUGGUUUUGGAACAAGAGCUAUUAACUCAUCGAAUCAACAUUGUUGAGCAAGAAAUGUUUCUCAAAGAAGCUGUAACUGAGGAACUAAUGGCUCAAACGAAUGUAUUGAAUGAACUCUAUGCAAUGCAACACGAGCCACAAGAACAGAUGCUUGAUUGGAACAUUAAUAAUAAUGUGGAGCCAAUUUCUUAUGAUCCAAUGGAAAAUUAUUAUUCAAAUCCAUAUAAUCAAGAUACUGAAUUACCAUUGCAAAGGCAAAUGUUGACACCUACUCUCCCCACAGACGAGUAUGAAACAAAUGUGAUUGAUCAGCCUAACAACAAAAGCAUGGGAAUGAUGGAGAUUAAAUGGCAUCCUCAUUUUAACAAUGAUCAAUUCAUCUGAAAGUGUGUGACUUGAUUUUCGGUGAUGGACCGUAUUAUAUUGUUCUUUAUUUUAUGUUUUAUUUUUUGGACAUUAAUAACGAUUUGCUUCUUAAGCUUUUCAGCUAUUUUAUUGGAAUUUGAAGUUUUAAUGUAAGGUUGUUUGAAUUUGCAACUUGAAAAAUACAUUGGUUUUGUCUUUAAGUGUAUUCAUUAUAUGUAGUUGUGUGGCUCACACAUGUGUGUUGUGUU